AUGCGCUACCCGUCAUGCGCCACCCGCCAUGCCCCAUGUGUCACCGCUGAUCCGCGCGCGGCACACCAGCGCACCCCAUCCUUCCCCGCCGUCGCCUCCACCCGUCGCGCCGCCCUCACCCCCCUUCGCCGGUUGCUCCCCUCCUCGCCCCUUGCCCUUCGCCCCUCGCCCUCGCCCCUCGCCUCGCGCCUUUCGCGCAUCUCCUCCCUCCCCCUUCCCCCAACGCCCUUCCCCUUUCGCGCAUCCCCUCACUCGCUCGCCCCUCUGCUCGUCCCUCUGUGCCGCCCCUCAUCACCGGGCGACCUCAGCCGGCACCCGCACACAGCCCUCACUGCGCGUGCCAUCUCCCCGCGUGCCCGCUCCUCCCUGCCAUUCAACCUGCGCUCAAUCUUCUUCCUUGCGCCUUUCCCCCCCCUCACCGCAACAACCCACCCCCGCGCAUGGCUCCCAGCAGCCCGCCCCGCAGUGCUCCCCCUUGCAGUCGCGCGCCCCAGGCAACCCCGCACUGUGCGGGCGGCAGCGGGGGGCGACAUGGGCGGCAUGGCAGCCAUUGUGGGCGGCGCAGUGGCGGUGGUGGGGGUGGCGGCGGUGCUGGUGGGGCUGCAGCGUGGAGGGGAGUCGGAGAGAGCAGGGGAGGACGACGGGGCUGCUGCUAAGGUUAAGGUGAGGGCGUGA